UCAGUUUCCGGAAGAUCAUUGUAGCCUUCCUAAAAGAAAGAAAAUGGAAUCCUGAAAUCGCACUUAGCUAAACAGUCAAGCGUUUUUCAAAGAAUAUCAGAAGACUAACUGGGUAGUACAAUCACAUUGCUACUAACAUCACUGAACAGCUGGAUCUUGCUGAAGAUUGGAGAACAUACCGUGACCUCCCUCCCUUCUGAACCAAUGGAAGGGUCUGACAGUUUAGAACAGAGUGGCAGUGACCAGCCAGAGUCACAGCGCAGAAGGCAACUGGACCGCCUGGGCAGGGAGGAGGCUUUCUACCAGUUUGUCAACAAUCUCAGUGAUGAGGACUAUCGUCUCAUGAGAGACAACAAUCUUUUGGGUACCCCAGGUGAGGUAACAGAGGAUGAGCUGUUUAGUAGACUUCAGCAAAUCAAAGAUGGUCCAGAACAACAGAAUAACACCCCGAGUACUGAAAGUGGACAGGAUCCAGUUGAACCACCGGAAAGCUCUGAUGAUCCUCCCAGUGGGGAUAGUCUCUUGGACUGGCUGAACACAGUGAGGCGCACAGGCAACACAACUAGAACUGGUCAUCGGGGCAACCAGUCAUGGCGGGCCGUAAGCCAGACCAACCCAAAUAGUGGCGAUUUUCGCUUCAGCCUGGAAAUCAGUGUGAAUCGCAACUUGGCUGAACAGCAGGCAGCUGCUGAAGGGGAGCAGGAGCCAUCAGAGGAGCCUUCGGAGCAGCCUCUGGGCCAGCCUUCGGAGCAGCCUCUGGGCCAGCCUCUGGAGCAGCCUCUGGGCCAGCCUCUGGAGCGGUCUUUGGAGCAGCCAGUGGAGCGGUCUUUGGAGCAGCCAGUGGAGCGGUCUUUGGAGCAGCCAGUGGAGCAGCCAGUGGAGCAGCCAGUGGAGCGGCCUUUGGAGCAGCCAGUGGAGCGGCCUUUGGAGCAGCCAGUGGAGCGGCCUGUGGAGCAGGCUAUGGAGGAGCAUGUGGAGCGGCAUGUGGAGCGGCCUGUGGAGCGGCCUGUGGAGCGGCCUGUGGAGCGGCCUGUGGAGCGGCCUGUGGAGCGGCCAGUGGAGCGGCCUGUGGAGCGGCCUCUGGAGGAGUCUCCGGAAGGCCAAGAAGUGGUGGCAAACACUGAACCACAGGUCCCAAUGGAGACAGAAGUGGUGGAAGAACCAGUUGCAGAGGAGUUGGCUGUCAUAGUGGAACCAGAGCCUGAACUGGAAGAGGUCGUUUCACAAGAGAUUUUAGGAGAACCUCCCAGCCCACCUGCUGCCCUGCUGGUACAACCCCCACUUCCUCCUUCUCCACGCAGAGGACAAAGGAGAGCCCGCAGCCGCAGUCCAGAACCACGCAGGACAAGGGCCCGGACAGCCAGGAGCCGCUCCCCUCUCAACUUGGAUCAGCUGGAUGGUCUGCCUAAUCUACGUCAUGUCCACAGCUUGCAAGGCCCGAACUCUGCCACCAGUGCUCCCCCUGUGCCUCAAGUGGAGGGCAGUUCUCGGACUCGACAACAUGUUCUUUCCAGGCAAAGCACUGCUGACAAUGAUGUUCAGCCAUCUAGGGCUGGUGCAGAAUCUGUCCCGGAGGCCCCAAACCCUGGAUCUCAGGAAGGAGAAGUUGCUGGGGUGGAAGGGGGUGCUGCAGGGCGCCGUCCCCCAACUAUUAUGCUUGAUCUACAAGUGCGUCGCGUGCGUCCAGGCGAAUAUCGCCAAAGAGACAGCAUUGCUAGCCGUACCCGCUCGCGCUCCCAGAACUCAAACAACACAUUUCUUUAUGAGAGCGAGCGUGGUGGAUUUCGUAGGACUUUCUCUCGCUCUGAGCGUGCUGGUGUGAGGACCUAUGUCAGCACAAUUCGCAUCCCUAUCCGAAGAAUCUCUGAUGCAGGUUUGGGAGAGGCUACAUCAAUGGCUCUUCAAUCUAUGAUUCGGCAGAUUAUGACUGGUUUUGGUGAACUUGGCUACCUCAUGGAUUCAGACUCUGAUUCUUCAGAUUCAAACCGUGGAGCCAACACACCUGCGGAUCUGGCUGAAACACUCAACAACCCAGAUGUUACUCCUGCUGCUGCUCCUGCUGCUGCUGAUGUUGAUGAACCACCUGUGGCAGCUGGAGUCAGAGCAAGGACAGCUGAGACUGAAAUGGAAGAGGGCCUUGCCACUGGUCCACCGGCCUCUGGUGGCAGGGCUAGACCUAGACCACCUAUUAGCCUAGAGGAGCCCAGCUCACUGCCCUUCCUGCGGCUUGCCCACUUCUUCCUCCUAAAUGAUGAUGACGAGGAUCAGCCCCAAGGGCUGACCAAAGAGCAGAUUGACAACCUCUCUAUGCGCAAUUUUGGUGAAAGCGAUGCACUGAAGACUUGCAGUGUCUGUAUAACAGAGUAUGCAGAAGGUAACAAGCUACGUAAGCUGCCCUGCUCUCACGAGUACCAUGUGCACUGCAUCGAUCGCUGGCUGUCUGAAAACUCCACUUGUCCCAUCUGCCGCAGAGCUGUCCUGGUAUCGGCCAACCGAGAGAGCGUGGUGUAGCUCAAAAAAGACUGCAGGCCUUUUGGUUCAACCUAAGUAAUCUUAAAAUCCCUAGUCGAUAAGAGGCUUUGAUGAAAUGUCUCCACCAUUGAAAUGUAUUUCCUUCAUACCAUUUGUGAGUGUGAUCAUAAUGCAGUCACAGGUUUGAUUUGGGGAUGCUCCACCCAUGACAUUGAGACAUACUCAGUCUCUAUUAAGACAUUUAUUAUUGCAGUUCAAAGUUAGGCACAAGCAAUGCAUGCUGCUUGAAUCAACCGGUAGUGAGCAAGCAGUUUGUUGCAUUGCGUCAAGCAGUAUCUCCUUAAGAAUCCCCUGGUUAUAAAUUCUGCACACCUGCAGGUAGUUCAGGCACAUCUGCUCUUUCGUAUUCGCUCCUAAAUGGCGCCUUUAUAUACCAGAAAGUUGGGUAUUGGCACAGUUCUUAGUUACACCAAUUCAAAGUAUUAGCUGUAAAUAAGCUUGUAAAAAUUAUUUUGAAUCAUACUUUGUAUCAGUGAAUUGGUUUUGGAUUGUAAAUUAUCUCAUAUGAAGAUUAGGGUGGUGUUGGCCGCAAUUAACUCUAUCAGAGCAUCCCUGAAAUUUGGUGUUAAACAAAUAGGUUGUAUCAAUGUACACAGCAGAAUUAUUUAAAGAUUGUGAUGUCCAAAGGAUGUAGGACAUUAGUUGGUUUGCUGUUUACAGUGUGACUUGUACUCUCCCUUUUUGUCGACCUAAAAGAAACUACUUUGGAGUGGCAUAUACCAUGAAUUGAGUGUGCUGAAUUGUUUUUAAGAAUAGAAUGUUGUGGAGUAAGGGAAUGAUAAGUCCAACUAGGUUACUUUUUCAAAAUGCAAGUUUAUUUUGCCUCCAUGUUGCAUCUUAAUAUUUUCUUUAUCUGAGUAGCAUUUGUACCAGCAAUUAGGGAUGUCUCAAUAUUGGUAGUAGGUUUUGGGUUGAUAACAAGUUGUUGGCAUGUGAAUUUUCCCACCUCCAAAAAUACUAUACUAACAGGCAUGACACAGAUUUGAAUAUAGAUGCUUUUUUCCCCACAUGUAAAAGGACAUCUACUUUUUAAUGUACAACAAUGAUUUCACCGUCAUUUUGUCCUGUCAUUCAUUAUCUGCUGGUCUGAUUCUUUAUUUUUCCAUUAACAUAUUGAACUCUUUAAUUGUUAACUGAUGAAUUAAGGUCUCUAAGUUGGUACAGGCAUAGAGUGAAAUGACCGGAAAUUGACGUAAAGUGAACUUAAGGCAGAAGAGAUCUUUUUACCUGUAGGUCCACCUUAAUGUACAAGUGACAACUUAAGUUAUUAAUCGAAAGGUCCGUUUGGCAGACAUUUACCAAGUGUAGGGGGAACAAAUCACAUCCUUGUCCUUUUGGCCCCCAGUGCCCUCUUUCUGCCUCUUGAGCAGAUACUCCAUAUCAGUGUGCAAUACAUGCUAAAGUGACAGUAGGGAAAUACAAACCAUGAUAUAAAUAUAUGCUAUUGUUAAAAACUUUUAAUGGCAAAAAUCUUAAAUGAAGACUUAUUACCUUUUUAAAAUGUGUUGAAGUUUAUUUAGAAGUUCUGUAGGUUUUAAUAGCACUAUUGAUGAACAGAAACACUGGCUAGAGGAAGAAAGGGCAUCACUAUCAAUGCCAUCCCGUCAUGUUUCUUGUUUCACUGUUUGAUGUCUUUGCCACAAUUAUUACUUCCCUUUGUGGGACAAAAGUUUGAAUGCAAGACAUUGUCAUUGUUGAAUACUAUAAACAUGUAAAUGAAAUGUAUGUUCCCUCUUAGGCCAUGCUUUAGAUUUGGCCUUGUUCUGUGACCCACCCAGUGCAGUAUGUUAACUGGGUAUUAAAUGAAACUAACCGCUGAAUUAAACAAGUUGUUAUGCUUCAAAAUGCAUUGCAGGUACAUAUGUAUGCAUCCUGUACAGUCUCUGUCCUGUCAGGUAAUUAUAUUCUGCAUUAAGAUGCACACAUUAUUAGUUAUUUCUUCUACCUUAUAUAUUAAACAGUCUAAGUAUA